UAAUCUGUCUUGGCACCACUACAAGUCAGGAAAGCCUGCGGUUUAGGAAAGGUGGCAACCACGGAAGAGGGAGUUGAUAAAGGACAUUUACCUUCUGAAGAUUAAGCCUAAGGCUGAAAACAGUGAAGUCACUUCUCACAGUUAAUAGACUAUUAAGAAGACAAGAUGGGGACUCCUGGUUCUGGAAGGAAAAGAACACCUGUGAAAGACCGAUUUUCUGCAGAAGAUGAAGCUUUGAGUAGCAUUGCCAGAGAGGCAGAGGCAAGGCUGGCUGCAAAACGUGCUGCCCGAGCAGAAGCAAGAGAUAUCCGCAUGAGAGAACUGGAACGACAACAAAAAGAGUACUCUCAUCCUUCCUUUGAUCGGAAAUGGGGACAGAUUCAGAAGUGGCUGGAAGAUUCGGAAAGGGCCAGGUAUUCCCACCGGUCCAGUCAUCGUCGUCCUUAUCUGGGAGUUGAGGAUACAUUGUCCAUUCGAAGUUUUGGCAGUCACAGGGACAUAACUGGGACACACUGGAGCAGAGCCAGUACACCCAAAAGGAAAGACAUCAUGUAUGAUGCUGUCAAGGAUAGAUCAUCAAGAUUUUCAUCAUUAAAUCAUUCUUACAGUCACUCUUAUGGAAUGAAGAAGAGAUCUUCUGGUUCUCAUAAAGACCCACUGAGUGGCCUCUACUUUGACCAGAGAAAGUAUAGCAGUCUUAGAAACUAUAGCAGCAAACCCACCUCUGCCUACUAUACUCGGCAGUCUUCUUCCCUGUACAGCGAUCCUCUGGCGACAUCUAAGAUUAAUAGGGCCUCCCCUAUUGCAAAUUCUGGUCUGCUGAGGAGUGCCAGUCUGGUAUCAUUGUAUGAUGGUGGAUUAUAUAACCCUUACGGUUCUCGCACUCCUUCUGAAUACAGUUAUUACUCAUCAAGAACAAGUUCAGCCCGAAGCAGUCCUGUGUUUAUCGACGAUGACACUGCAAGCGUUGCGUCUUCUGGUCGAGCCAGUCGUGGGCGAAGGGAGAGUGUGGUUUCUGCCGCUGAUUAUUUUAGUCGCUCCAAUCGUAGGGGGAGUGUCGUUUCCGAUGUGGAUGACGUCAGCAUCCCAGAUUUGACCAGCUUGGAUGAAAAAUCUGACAAGCAGUAUGCUGAAAAUUACACAAGGCCUUCAUCUCGAAAUUCUGCCUCAGCAACAACCCCUCUAAGUGGAAACUCGUCCAGAAGAGGAAGCGGGGACACCAGCAGCUUAAUAGAUCCAGACACCUCAUUAAGUGAAUUGCGGGAUAUCUAUGAACUUAAGGACCAGAUACAGGAUGUAGAAGGGAGAUACAUGCAGGGGCUUAAAGAACUAAAGGAGUCUUUAUCUGAAGUGGAAGAAAAAUACAAGAAAGCCAUGGUUUCCAAUGCACAGUUAGACAAUGAGAAGAACAAUUUGAUAUACCAAGUAGAUACCCUCAAGGACGUCAUUGAAGAGCAGGAGGAACAGAUGGCCGAAUUUUAUAGAGAAAAUGCAGAAAAAUCAAAGGAGUUAGAAAGGCAGAAACAUAUGUGUAGCGUGCUACAACAUAAGAUGGAUGAACUUAAAGAAGGCCUCCGACAAAGAGAUGAGCUCAUUGAGGAGAAUCAGCGUAUGCAGCAGAAAAUAGACACCGUGACAAAAGAGGUGUUUGACCUCCAGGAGACACUGCUUUGGAAAGAUAAAAACAUUAGGGCCCUAGAGAAACAGAAAGAAUACAUUGCCUGCCUUAGGAAUGAGCGCGAUACGCUCAGAGAGGAGCUGGCUGACCUGAAGGAGGCGAUGAAGACGGGAGAGAAACAUGGCUUAGUCAUCAUCCCCGAUGGCACUCCCAACGGCGAUGUCCACCAUGAACCAGUGGUCGGAGCCAUCACUGUUGUGUCUCAGGAAGCCGCUCAGGUCUUGGAGUCAGCAGGAGAGGGGCCCCUAGAUGUAAGGCUACGAAAACUCGCUGGAGAAAAGGAAGAGCUCCUAUCACAGGUAAGGGCAUUCUUCUCAUUGGAAGGUAAUGUUCAUUGUAACUGACUAAAUCAUAUGGUAAAAUGUUAGCAAAGUGAAAUGUACGCUAGAAAGAAAUGUGCUUGUUUCAAACAUCACUACUCAAGUAAGAUUUGAAGGAUAAAUAGGUAAUUCAUAUUUGACCUCUUUGUUGUCUCCUAUUCUUUAAAGAAAAAUUACAGGACACUGAGUGUAAGCGGUCAGGUAGCUCAGCACAGCUUGUUAUGAAGACAGGCGCUGCCUGCCCUGCCUGCCCCUCCACCUUCACCCCGCCCAUUCCUGCCUGGUUCUUUUAGCUGAUUGCUCUGGGGUGUACUGCCCUUGUGAGCUUCUGAAUGACACGCUUCUGUUGCUUCUCGAUGUUUCUGUUUAAGGCAGCAGUGCUCACACCCCUCUGUGGAAGACGAAGAUGUAGCUGUCGCACAUCCCCCCUCCCCAACACACGUACACUUCCCAUCCCCACAUCCUGCUAGAAGGGCAGUGUGCCAGUCUGUCUGCGCUGUCAGGACGCCGUGAACACUACUCACAGGGGAGCCGUGGAGCUUUCUAGGAUGGCCUCUCAUCUCCUUUGCACUCUUUACUUCCCUUGAAGUUAGUGCUGUGGUUUUUCUUUUCAAUUGCUUGGUUUCCUAUGUAUUGAUUACUAAUCUUGCUGCAGGCUCUCCAACAGUGAUUUAAAUCCACCCUUAGUGGUUUUCAGAUGCACGAAGUAUUCCCUCAGUUCCAUCUUUUUGGUUCUUGGAGCAUGUGACACAUCUCGUUCAGAACUUAAUGGCUCGCUCCCUCAGUACAGAGAUGUGACCAGUUUUCAUCGUCAUCUAGAAUUUCCUUUGCCUGUGGUUCAGAUUGGUUUCCCUUUUCGCAGUGUCUCAGGCCUUCCUCCUCCUUUAUUUAUUCUCUUACUUUGGGACAUUCCCCCAGUACUUCCUGAGAACAUGAGAAAAGAGUAUGUGGACCAUAAAUUUUUCUUAACUUUGCAGGACUGAGAAUGUCUUCAUUUUACCCUCUUACGAGACUAACAGUUUGACUGGGUAUAGAAUUCUUCGUUGUAGUCAUUUUCCUUCAUCUUUUUUAAGUCAAGAAAGUGCUUCAUUGUCUUCUAGCUUCCUGUAUGGCUGUUGAGAAUUUCAAGGACAUUUUGAUUUUUGGUUUUUAUAUGUGCAUGACCCAUUUUUCCCUUCUCUAGAAGUUUGUAUCACAGUCUCUUUUCUCCCCAGUGUUCUGAAAUUUCACAGUGACGUGGUUUGGAGUUCUGUGUGAAUGCAUUUAUUGUAUGUUUCUCCAGUCACAUUUAGCUGCACAGGUGUAGGCAUGGGGUGGAUGGAGUUAGAGUUUGCCAGGUGAGUGUAGCAGGGCAGAGGAGGUGAGGGUGUGUGCAGGAGAGCGAUGAUGGACCUGGAGAGUAGAGUAGGUAAGGUAAGGAGGGCUGAGCGACAUCCAGGAAAACAUCAGGCACAGUGGAUCCCAGGUGCCAGUGCGGCUGAAGGAUUUUUAGAGUUGGGUCCAGAGAGAAUGGGCUGGAAAGAUCAAGAGUAGCAGUUAAAGAAAAGAGACACAGAACUGAAUUAGGUGGGCCGCCCUUAUACAAUGAUGAGAUGCAGAGUAGGACAAAGGGAGUGAGUUGCUGAGGGCGAGAUGGGGCAGAUGGCAAGAUCCUUGUUCCAGAAACUGAGAGGUCAGUUGUCAGAGGGAUACUCUGCUGAAAUGUAUCUUGAUUUGCCAACAAUUAAGAGAGGAAGAGCCUUCAGGGAAUGUGGAGGUAAAAUGGCGAAGAAAGAGUAGGAUGAUGGCAGUGAUGGGGGGCCGCUAGUAUUUAUAAUCUGAAGAGAUGUGACUAGGAACGGUGAAUUUUAGAGAGGAUGGUGGGAGAACAGUUUGGUAACAGCAAGGAAAGCAAGAGGACACCUGUUCCGUUGUCAGGCCUGGCGGCAGGAGGCUGUGGGGGAAAAGGAUAGCCAGUACUCCCGACGGCUGCAGGGAGCAGGCCUCUCAGGGAGCGCGGUCUCUGCUAGGUAAGGGGAGGGCUCGGAGAAGAGACUGAGGAUGCAGGGGUCUGCUGAGGAUGGAAGGGUAGUGCAGAGGGCGCAGUGGAAGACAUGCAGGCUCUGGGGGAGGUUAGGAGAUGAAGACUGAGUAGGGCUUGUGCAGGAAAGCGAGAAUGAGCAUUUCGAGAUGGACGUGGACAGGGGUGCUGGGGACAAUGAAAUUAGUCCUGGAUGAGCCAAGGCAGAUAGUGAUGUUGUGGUUGAAAGGGCAGAGUUGUCUGGGGAGCAGCUGUGCAGAACUCACCCUUUCUCCAGUGGGGGAGGGCAGACCCGGUCCCAGUGCCUGGCCUUCCCUUGACACCUGUUGAUGGAGGACAGCUGGGGAAGCCACCUGGGACUCUGAGCAUGCAGACUCACCUCUGAUCGCUGGGAGUGAAGGAUGAAGGAAGCAUGGGGAGGCUUGGUCUCCACCCCCUUUGUAGGGGAGGGGGAGACUUGCUCUGGUUGUGGUGCUUCCUUGAUCUCUGAUGAGAGUUGUAGGCAUCUGGGGAGACAUGACUGAUUUCUGAUGGGGGAAGCGGGGCAUUUGUCCUCGGGUUUCUUAUUGUUUCUCUCCUGUUUUCCCAUCUCUUUGACUCUGCUUUCUAAAAGAUACUCUCAACUUUAUCUUCUCAUUUUUUAUUGAGUUUCUAUUUCUGCAGUCAAUUCAGGGAUACAGAUAUUUUCACUUAUCUUGGAGAAUUUGAUAGGCAGGUUGGUUUGCUUUGUGUUCUUUUUUCUAUCUGUGUAGUUUGUUUCCUUCCAGAUGCUCUUAUGUAUAUUUAUUUGGUCUUCAGUUUAAACGUGGAGUACUCUAGUGCUGGUUGGCAGCUCUGAGCAUAUGAGUGAGGCUCGUCCAAGUUUCAGUGAAGACUGAUGUGGCUGGGUGUUUUCUUGGGAACCUUCAAUGUGGGAUUGUUGGUCUCCUUUUUAGGCUAGUCAGAGUUCUGGAGAGAGAGGGCCUGUGGUCUUCUGCCUGAGGGAACAGGCCAGCUGUCUGCAGUCUGGGAACUGGGAGUGGACCAGAGGCCUGAGCUUGCAGUUCAUUUCUGUUCACCUGAUCCUGUUUUCCACACGUGGGACUCCUAUCUUCAACCGGGCCUUCUUUUUUUCCCAACCCAAAGUCCCUUUUAAUUUUAUUUUUUAGUUUAUUUUGUAAAUUUUUUAAAAAACCACUUUUUAAAAAAAAACCCACCUUUUUAAGGUUAUAAUUGGUAUAGAGUAAGUUGCACGGUGUGCAGAUGCUCACCUUGUAUUAGUGUCCUAGGGCUGCCGUACAAAGGACCACCAAUGGGGUGGCAUCGACCAACAGAAAUGCACUGUCUCCCAGCCUGGAGGUGAGGAGCCCGAGAUCCCAUGUCAGCAGCGUGGUUCCUCCCGAGGCCUGUGGACGGAAGUCUGUUGCAGGCUUGUCUUCUAGCUUCGAGUGGUUUGCUGGCCACCUUUGUGUCCCUUGGCUUGCAGACAGCACUCUCUGUGUCUCCACACUGUCUCUCCUCUGUCCUCAUCUGUCUCUUUGUAUCGCAUUCUUUUUAUUGUCAUACUGGAUUAGGGGCCCACCCUAUCCCAGUGUAACUUCACCUCAACUCAGGGCGUCUGCAGUGACUGUUCCACGCCAGCUCGCACUCCGAGGUACUGGGAGUUAGGACUGCGACAUAGGAAUUGUGUGGCGGGGCAGGUGAACCCAUGGCCAUAUCUGUGAAGCCAGCACCCCAGUCAAGAUGGUGAAAAUACCCACAACUCCACAAAAGUUUGUGUCCCUUCGUCAACUUUCCUUCUUCCACCUCUCUCCCCCUCUGCAGGCAACCGCCAGUCUGCCAUUUGUCACUUCAGUUCGCAUUUUCUGGAGUUUUAUACAGUUAGAAUUACAGAGCACGCGCUCUUGUCUGGUUCUUUCGUGCGGCAUGUUCUUUGAGAGUCAGCCGCGUAGCUGCACGUACGAGUAGUGAUGCCAUCGUAUCCGCGCACCAGUUUGUUUCUCCUUCUGUUGAUGGAUGUUUCGACUGUUUCUAGUUUGGGGCUAGUGUGAAUAAGCUGCUAUGAAUGUCUUUUAUUUUGGAUAAAAUAAGGUAGAUUAUGUAGCUACACUAAAACAUGUAUUUCCAGUUAUUUCUGUAUAUUUAACCUAACUCUAAAACAAGAAACAUCUACUGCCCAUGGAAUUUUCCAUUUUUAAUAAAAAAUAACAAAAAAUACCCAAAAGAUGUGCUUUUCCACAAACCUAGCCAAAUAAUAAAAGAUGGGACACCUGUUUUUAUUGGGACACCUGGUCCUGGAGCUCGCUUCUUUUGAUAAUUUGCUCAUAGCUUAUCUCCAGUAUUUGAGCAUUGUGUCUCUACAGCAGGCCCUCCAGAAAAUUGCUCUGAGUGACUGAUGGUGGUCUGCCUUUUCUAAGAUGUGGCCAGUGGGCCAGGCAUCGUUUGAGAGACUGGAUCUCACUGCUGAGUCUUUACUUCCA